AUGCCGGAAAUUUAUUCGUUAUGCUAUUUUAUAAGUUCAGCAUUUACAGCACCAGCUACAGUAUUACAACAGCCACUUUUACUUCAAUCACCACAAUUAUUAAGAAUCGCUCCGGAUUUAGCAAUUGUUGAUAGACCCUUACCAUAUUCAUUUUAUCAAACGUAUCCAUAUGGAAAUGUUUAUUUAUUACGACAACAAGGUAUAGGUGAUGGCGGACAAUUUGCUGAUCAGGUUCAAGAUUAUUUUGGAAUGUUUGGCGGUCAAUUAAUGGAAUUCCAAAAUCAAACAUCUGGAAUUUUUCAAGAUGUCCAAAGUAAUAUACAAAGUUCAUUUGGUCAAGGUUUUGAAUUAGUAUCACAAGGUUUUGAACAAGGAUUUGAUCAAGUAAGUCAAGGUUGGGGUGAUUUACAACAACAAUGGGGUGGUGGGCUCAUCAAAACUAAUAAUCAAUUAAUGUCAUCGAAUAGUGUUAAUGAUGGAUUAAGAUCAGAUAAAAAUGAAAAUGAUAAAGCACAACCCAUGAAACAAGCACAACCUAAUUUACUUUAUAAACCAAUAGCAUUAAAAUAUUCUUCAACCAGAUUUAUACCACUCAAUUUAGUUCGUUAUAAUUUAAUUCCAUUGAAUUAUUUGCAACAACCAUUAAAACAACAAGAAAAAGAACAAUUACAGCAACCACCAUUACAAGGUCGUGCAAGUGAUGAAAAAUCAGAAAAAGAAGAACCAGCAAAAGCAGGUGAAUCAUCUCAAUAAAAUCAUUAAUAUUUUUGAUGGACAUCUGGCAAACAAACGUGUAGGAA